AUGAAAAUGAGGAAGAACAAAGAUAUGUUGUUUCGUUAGCACAGAGAAAAGAAGAAGUUUAAGACAUUGUGUUAUGUGAAACUGUGUCUAUAUGUCACACAUAUAGACACAUCACCAUUGUUACUCUCCAGUUAGAAGGUAAAAUAUGGCGAAGUUUGUCCAUGGAGAGCAAUCUGAGAUCACCGUGGACUAUGUAAAUCAACCUGAUGCAUCAGCAAGAAGUUCUGGCCAGGACAGGAGAGUGACUGCUGCUGUACCUGGAAGAAAACUGCAUAGACUGGUUGCUGUGAGCUUUGGACUCCUGUGUGUCCUACAAUCUGCUCUCAACAUUUCCCUACGCCUCUACACGUCUGACAAUAAAACAGAAGAUAUAGAGGUAUGUUGCACAAACCUGACGUCUGAGCAGAAGAGAGAACUGCUUAACUUUGAUCACUAUUUCAAACAAGGAUGGGUGUAUUUCCGUCUCAGUUUCUAUUACAUUUCUUCCGAGAAGAAAUCCUGGCAGGACAGUAGAGCAGACUGUCAGCAGAGAAGUGCUGACCUGGUGAUUAUAAACAGUAAAGAAGAGCAGGAUUUCACAAGCACAUUCCACAAGCUCACAUGGAUUGGACUAACUGAGAGAGAAACCAAAGGGACGUGGAAAUGGGUGGAUGGCACUCUGCUGACCAAAAGCUACUGGAAUCCUGGGGAGCCAAAUGAUUAUGAAGGUAAAAAUGAAGACUGUGUAGAAAUAAGGACCCAUGACUGGGAGAACAAUUGGAAUGAUUUACCAUGUGGACAUCAAAACUUCUGGAUCUGUGAAAAAAGGAUAGCUUUAUAACUCACCAUGUAAAACCAUGAAACUGUGUCUAUAUGUAACACAUUGAUGACACUUUCACUCACAAUUGCGCAUCACCAAAUAAACUAUGUGAGAUAUCUUAACAGUCACACAGAAAAGGAAGCUGGUACUGAGCAACUUGGUACUAACACUGCGACUGAGAAGCAUGGGUCAGACUAAAUCUGAGUAAAGACCAAAAAGACAGAAAUUUGCAUACAUUUUAUACAUCAGAUUUCAAAAUAGGAAAACUACAGGCCAAUAAAGGCUUCCAUGAGAAUGCCUCCAAUGCAAAAACAACCAAAAGAGAUCAAAAUUAACUACAGUAUACAAUUGCAAUUGUCUAAU